AUGAUGGUAAACGGAGUACAGUCAACCGUUCUGGACCUCUCACCGAGCCUGGAGCCAGCCCUGUGCUCGCCCGGUCCCUUCCAGCACCUCUCCUCUCUCACGUGCCUGCGACUGGAUCUGGUCCCAUGCCCCGAGGCAACAGUCGGUGAAGCUCUCACUCGCCUUCAAUCAUCUCCAUCGGACCAGCACCCCCCUGUGGAGCAGCAGCAGCAGUACCAUCACCAGAGGCAGCACCAGCAACAGCACCACCAGCUUCUCGUUCUCCCCCCAGACAUCUUCACCAGUUUGCACCGCUCUCUCCGCUCACUGCACCUCUCCUCCUCCCUGCCCAUCGUGCCCCCACCUUCCCUGCACGCCCUCUCGCGCCUCACCUCCCUCUGUCUCCACUCACCAGUGCUCACCUCCCUCUGUCUCCACUCACCAGUGCUCACCUCCCUCUGUCUCCACUCACCAGUGCUCACCGCCAAUCCUCCCCUUGCUGCUGCUGCUGCUGCUGCUGCUGCUACUGGGGGGCGAAAUGGCCUCAUGGAAACGGCGCGUUUUGGUAGGAAUGGUACUGGUGCUCGUGCUGGUUCUGGCGCUGCAGUGUCUGUUGGAACCGGCGUUUCGAUUGGCCGUGACGUGGUCAUCGGUAGCCGUCAGAUGAACCACAACCACGUCACAACUAGUAAUGGUGAUAGUGAUGGUGAUGAUGAUAACGACAAUGAGCGAGACAACAGUACUCAUCUCCCUACCUUCCCUACCUUCGCUUCAUCACACCACUCCCUCCUCUCCUCCUUCCCCCACCUCGCCCACAUCUCUCUCCAUGACUGCCCCUCUGUGCCCCCCUCUCUCCUCUCUCUCGCCCCCCACCUCACCACCCUUCACCUCCCCCUUGCCUACUCAGACCCAGACCAGUCAGAAGCAGCCUGCGAGCACGCAUGUGACGUGCGGCUGAAGCAGCGUCUUCUGAAUCUGCCAGCCUUCCAAACCCUGCUGCGCUCCUACGCUGCUUGCCUCAAGAUCGGAGCGUCUCCAGAGUUCCUGGCAGCCGUUGAUGGCUUUGAUCCUGUGGCUGCGCUGCAGCUGAAAUAUCCCAGCGCCGAUAAGUCCAACCACACCAGCAGCACCGAUGAUCUGAAACAAGCCAGGGCUGAUGGAUGUGACAAGGGAAGCAGCCGUGAGGAGGAGGAGGAGGAGGAGGAGGAGGAGGAGGAGGAGGAGGAGGAGGAGGAGGAGGAGGAGGAGGAGGAGGAGGAGGAGGAGGAGGAGGAGGAGGAGGAGGAGGAGGGACUGAGCCCACCAGUCAGUGGGGAGGGAGGGUUUAAUACGGCGCCUAUCAGCAAAUCAGGGGCUGCGAAUGGGUUGGGUGCGGUGGGAGUGGAAGCAGGAUUAGGGGCACCUCUCGAGGCGGACGGCUUGGCUGGCGCUCACGAUCUCAUGUUGCCUCUCUCUAAAGCCCUCGCUGCGUGCCGCACUCACCUGCUCAUUCGUUUUUCAUCUCUUCCCACACCUCCUCAAUCCUUCCUACACCUCCCCAUCCCUUCCCACACCUCCCCAUUCAUUCCCACACCUCCCAUUCGUUCCCAGACCUCCUCCUCAUUCUUUCCCACACCUCCCCAUUCGUUCCUAGACCUCCUCAUUCCAUUCUUACCUCCUCGUUCCUUCCCACACCUCCGUCCAGGCGUCUCUCUCUGA